UUCUUCCCCUUUCUCCGUCUCGCGCAGCCUCUCUCUCUUUCUCUCCCAUUCUCGCCCUCUUCUCGACUUCGUCUAUCUCGUCGCAGCAGGAGUAGGAGGGCAGACUGCAGAGAUGGGGCGGGGGAGGGUGCAGCUGAAGCGGAUCGAGAACAAGAUAAAUCGGCAGGUGACCUUCUCCAAACGCAGAUCCGGAUUGCUCAAGAAGGCGCACGAGAUCUCCGUUCUCUGCGACGCCGAAGUCGCCCUCAUCAUCUUCUCCACCAAGGGCAAGCUCUACGAGUAUUCCAGUACCGAUUCCAGUAUGGAAAAGAUUCUCGAACGAUACGAGCAUUACACAUAUGCAGAAAAGACUCUCAAAUCACCUGAUCUUGAGUCUCAGACCAAUUGGUGUCAAGAAUAUAGCAAACUCAAGGCCAAGGUUGAAAGUUUAAGUAAAAGUCAAAGGCAUCUAAUGGGAGAACAACUGGAUUCCUUGAAUCUCAAAGAACUCCAACAGUUAGAGCAUCAGCUGGAAAUUUCUCUAAAGCAUGUCAGGUCAAGAAAGAGCCAAGUCAUGUUUGACUCCAUUGCUGAGCUUCAACGGAAGGAGAGAGCACUUCGCGAGCAGAACAAAAAUUUAGAGCAAGAGCUGACGGAGAAGAAGCAGCGAGCUCACCGGGAACAAGAUCGAACGAGCCCCGUAUCAUCUCCCCCUCUGAUAGCAGAGCCUCAACCCACGCUAAUCAUGGGGUGUCAGCAAGGAAGGGGAGGUGGCGACGGCCCCGGCCAGGCAGCUGCACAGACUCAGGUUAGGAUCAGUGGUAGCUUGUUGCCGCCAUGGAUGCUCCACCACUUGAGCGGCUAGUGGUAAAUUUGGCACAAAUAAUGAAUCUCUGUAUGAUGAUUACUCCGCCACCAUGUGAGCUCGUUUAUCCGAGCUUUUCGCAACCCCUAACUUGCUAUUUAGCCUUUACUGCGUCUGUGAAUGUGUUCAAAACAACGCUAAAUGUUCACUGCUGCUAGUGGUGCUAUAAAGCUACAUGCUUCGAA